AUGCCGCUACGGACUGCGGCGUCCUCGUCGAGCGCCGAGACAGUGCAACGCAUGGACGGGAAUGAAUUGAAGAUUUCCCUCCAGAAAGAGGUGGACGACGAGACCUCUGCCGAGAUGCCAGGUGCGCCUGCAGCCCUCAGUCGGGCGGAUCCGGAGUCGCAGCCGCACGGCUCGCCCUGCGAAGCGGUUGCGGCCGAGGGGCCAGGCGCUUUUCCGCACGGCCGAGAAGCAUCCACAAAACAGGAGAGCGAAGGGUGUGCGCCGGGGGAACCCGAAACAGAGAAGCGACUCGAACCGGCGACGCACCACCUGUGGGAUCGCACAGUCGGGGCGUCCGUGGCGAGCGACAGCGCGAACGCAGUCGAUGGCUCUGCGAAUGUCGCCCUGCGUCCGGCGUCGCGUGCGGGCGCAUGCUCCGUUCCCCGAGACGGCGCAGACGCACAGGCCAUCCUGGGGGGUUCUCUGCCUGCUGAGACAAAGGACACGCCCAGCAGUCUGGCCCCCAGCGACGGAGGUGGAGACGCCCUCUCGCAGGGACGCAAAGGCGUCGAGGGAUCAAGUCUCGUGCCUGCACCGUCGCCAGACAGCGCCGGUCCUCAGCGUGGAGUCCGCGCAGCUGCCAAGAGUCUCGUCCGCGGUUCAAACAGACAGCCGGCGUGCUCGUCGGGGUCUGCACUGGGUGACCCAGGAGGGUUCGCGUGGGCGAGGGGACAGAUCGCAGGCGCGGCGGGCGACUUGGAGAGUUCGGGGCCUGCCCAAGAGAUUGACGCUCUCCCAAGCGCGGCUGUGGGGGACCCGUGCGAGGUAUGCCACGGCGACGAGGCGAGUGAAAAGAGUCAAGCCUCUGCGCCUGUGUGUUCCGGCGUGCUCGGCGAGGGAAACGAAGUUGGCGCACUCGGCGACGAGAGUUCGAAGAAAGACAGUCUGGCUUCGAAACGGAAGGCGGGCGCGGCCUCGGCUGCCUCUUCUGGGCGCUCGGCGUCUCUCGCCUCGGUCUCCCGGGGGGAGUCAAAUGCGAAGAAGAGCCUGACGAGUACUCCACCCCUCGACGGGGCCGCGUCGAAGCGUCCGUCGGUGUCCAAGUGCCGGAAAGGCGCAUCUGCAGCGACUGCAGCGGCAGGCCGCCGAGGCCGAGAAGACUGCGGUCGGCACUUCCUGGGGCCCGGGCAAGUGAAGAAGGUCCGCCGCAACGUGGGCGACGUUCUCGCCUCGCCUCUGCACCCUCCGACGCUCUCGCCCUUUCAGCGGCCGACGUCGAAGCGGCCUGCGUCCGGCGGUUUCUCGCGGAAAUACGAAGACGCCUCGCCGUUCGCGCGGGGCCACGGGGCACACAGCCACCCCUACCACUGGCUAGCUGUCUCGCAUGCAUCGGGUGGCUCGGCGGGGGGACGCGGGAACCACGGCUCACACGGGGGAGCCUCUGGGGGUGGGGCGGGGCGCGCUGGCGCUCUGAGUGAAAAAGUGCGACGCUUGGUGGAGCAGACGAUGUCGGAGAAACACCGAGUUGUCUGGAUCGACCGGGGCGAGGCAAAGGGCUUUUUGCCGCUUCCCGGCAUGCAAGAGGAACGCGUCUACCUUGUUUGGACCGAAAAAGGAAUCGACAUUCUCGCCGAUGUCCAGGCCUACAUUCCGUGGACCCACUGUCCGGUGCUGAUGCAAACCAAGUAUCGGCGAAACCAAAUCCCGUUUCUCAUUCUCUCGUCAACUUCCUUGGCUCUCCUCUUCUCUCACGUUUGCCGGCGAAGCGCAACGGCGGCGUUUCGCCUGCCGCUGGCGCGGACGCCCCACGCGUAUCGGAAGCACGUGCUCAAUCUGCUCCGGACCGGCGAGCCUGAGAAGCCGUCGUCCCAGACUUCCAAGACCCAGCGAAGGCGGUCUCCGUGCUCCUCGCCGUCUCCGAAUGCGCGCGUCAAGGUGUCCUCUCAAGGCGAGAAGUCGCCCCCAGACGCAGCCUCAGCCAGUGUCGGCGACGCAGAGGCCGGCAGCCGGGCUGUCUCUGCGCGAUCCACCUCGUCUCCGUCGCUGAGCCCCUUUGGAUGCCUAGAAAGCGAGGCAACAGAGCCUUCUUUCUCCGCGGCUGCGGCCUCGUUACCGGACGAAACCCGCGCCGGGAAGACGGCCGGUGACGCGUGUUUUCAUGCGCUUGAGCCCUUCGCGCUCACUCCCGCGCCGUCGCUCUCUCCUCUUGCCGUGCCGUCUCCGAGUCAAGCAGAAUGUCCGCCUGUGGAGAACGGCCCGUGCGCCGGCGCACAUCAAAGAGACGAAGGACAGGUGUGUACGGCAGUCGAAGGCUCGAGCGCCCACGGAGACCAAGGCCAGCAGGCAAGAGUGAAGGGCGAAGGCGGCGAGUCGACAGCCGCGCAGGGUCUGGGUGGCCUCUCUGUCGCGCUGGCGGCAGGAGUAGGGAACAACGGGGCGCUUCACGGAGUCGACGCACCACAGGAUGCGAAGGCCGCACCGGGAAAAGACACAGAGCACGUGCAGAGUUUGGGUGGUCCUGAAAAAGCGACAAAACCGGAAGAGGUGCCGAGGACCGAGCAAGCGCCUUCCGAGAGUCUCCGUAGACAAGAUGACCAAGCGACCUCAAAAUCCCCAACGCCCCCUUCGUCUCCAGGCGGCGAUCAGUGUGCGUCACAUUCGACCGCGCCUUCCACUGGCAGCGGAUCCCCACUGCCCGGCGACGCUGCCGUGUGUGCCUCGCCGUCCUCUGCUUCUGCACGGCUGGGGUGCGGCGUUCGCGGUUCUCCGCAAGGCUUUCCAGGCGCCUCAAAGGACGGUUCGCGAGGCACUGCCGACGCACGGGCUGCUUCGCCUUCGCUCCAAGAGAGAGAAGAGGAAGACGACGAAGAUUUGUUUUGGGCCAACGGCGGGAAGAAAGGCUGCCCAUUAACAGCCGUUGACAUGCGAGACUUCUACUGCUGCUCUCAAGGCAAAGUGAUCGGCGAGGACUACAUUUAUUUUCGCCAAUAUCUGCCCGACGACGAGGGCGCCGACACCUAUGAUUUGAGUGUCUCGGUGCGCAAGCGACCGAAGAAGUUGCUGCUGAAGAAAUCACGAGUAUUUGCGAGCGGGAGCUACACCGGAGGCAGCGGACGGCGAGAGGAGAGAAACAGCUCGCCGCCGUCCUGUCUCUUCAAGUCCGGUUCCGUGGGUGCUGCAUCGUCUCUCUUUUCCGGCGCCUUGGCGUCUGCCGCCGGCCAUGAUGCGUCCGUACCAGCCUCGGGCCUCGGAGAAAACGAGGGUGAAGAAACCAAGGCAGUCGUUGGAGACGCAGGCGAAGCAGGAGUCGAGGGAAGUGGGGCAGACGGCGCAGGCAAAGACGAGGGGGUGCGCAGCAGCGCAGACCCCGGCAAGGCGAACAGACACCCCGCGCACCUGUUGCGGCUCCUAGUGGCGCCGAACCGAGGCCAUGCCCACGCAGAGGAGGCGGCGAAGGAGCCGGAGGAAACUGCUCGCGGAGCCGCAGGGUGUAAAAACUGGACGUAUGUCGACGACUACGAAGACGAUGGCAUGGAUCCUGACCUCGACCUGCCGUUCUCCUUCACGUCCGAAGUGCGAGUGCUUCUGGGGCUCGCGCCGAGUCCGACGCCUCACCGCUGCAACAUGUCCCUGGCGAGUCACCGCGUCUCGGGGGCCGUCCAGCGGCGGUUCCGCAUCUUUCAGUGUUCCCCCGACGGCGAGCGUCGCGAAGAGCAAGUCGACCCUUUUGAGCCCGCGUCGGCAGCUUCGGCUUCUGGAGACGAGGACGAGGAAGCGACGGGCAAGGGGGCGGACGACAAGGAGAACGAGGCGGCGAAUCCGGAGAGGAAGGAGGGAGGUUCGUGCAGCGUCGACGGGGCGGGGCCUGGAGAGCAGGCGUGGGACCGGACGCCCGUGAAGGGUGAGCGAGAUGUGAACUUGUGUGCAGACCAGGCGAAGGCAGCGGCAGACACAGCGAAGAAGGCGUCCGUUUCGGCGCUGGCCGAUGAGACAAAGGACGAAGAGUCGUCCUUCUCUGUUUCCGCUCCUUCGGGGCCUGCAGCACACCCGGGAACGACGCUCACGAGCGAGCCGGGUCGACAGGUAGAAGACAAGAAGAGCGGCGAAGAAGCGAGGGACACAAAGGCCCGGGGCGGCUGCGCUGGCGGGGACGAGGAGGGCGAAACGUCGAGAAGCAGCAAAGCCGAGGCGGGCGGCGAGGCGGUCAUGGCCGCUGAGGACCAGGACCGAAUCCCGGACGAGCAAGACGAACCGGCGACUGCCCAGAGCUGCUCGAAGGCGUCCUCCGACCAAGGAGACUCAGACGAAGACAGCGACGAGGACCGCCGGAAACCCAAGGGGCGAAACGAGACACGGUCCUUUGCGCUUUCGUCCCACGACCUUCCCAACGGAAGCUUAGCCGAAGUCGACUAUCCAACCGAGUUCAGUCAGUUCCGGGAGGCCGACCGAAUCCGAAUUUACGACAAGGCGUUUCUGGCUCGGGCGCUUCAACUCAUUGUCGAUGUCGCUAUCGUUUCCAGAGGAGCGGACUUGUCUGCAGUGAACGUCGCCCAGUACGCGCCGAAUCUCUUUUGGAACAUCAUUCGGUUCAGUCGCGGAAACAAAGACAUCGACGAAGUCGUGCGCACGAUCGCUCCGUCGGUGGCGUCGCUGAGGAGUGCCCGCGGACGGCGAAAGAGAGGCGACACGGAAAACCCAUCUUUCCUUUCUUUAGCUCCGGGGAGGUUCGGGGCGUCGCGGCGGGGUGGCGAGUCUCUCAGGGAUGAUUCACAGACCGCCUGUCGGCGGCUGAAAAGGAACAAAACGGGCACAGACGACGGCUUCUGCCUCGAGACGUGGCUAGCUGGGUCCGGCGAUGAAAAGGGCCGAGGCGAACGCGCACGAGACCGAGAAGGGGCGGUCGACAAGGCGAAGCAAAGAGAAGAAAAGCGGCAAAAGGAGCUGGAGGAACGAUUCGAGGAAAUGAAGAUCGAGUUCGAAGAAAAGGCGCAAAGAAUGAUCGCACGACGUGCCGCGCUGGCGGGUGAGAUUUACAACGACGGGAAAGGGUCAAAGAAGCCGCGCGUGCCGUCGCUGCCGGAGAAUGACGACGAGGCACUCAUCGAGAUUAUGAUCGAUCCAGAACAAGGCAUCCUCAAGUGGCCCUUAUCCGUGAUGAGCAUCCGGCAGCGAACGGUGAUUUACCAGGAGUGUCUUCGGCGGGAUUUGACGGCGUGCAUUCGCCUCACGAAAGUGCCUGGGAAAGGUCGCGCCGUCUUUGCUGCAGAUACAAUUCUAAAAGACGAUUUCGUUGUCGAGUACAAAGGCGAACUGUGUUCCGAACGUGAAGCCCGCGAGAGGGAGCAACGCUACAACCGGUCGAAGGUUCCGAUGGGGAGCUUCAUGUUCUACUUCAAAAACGGAUCUCGGAUGAUGGCUAUCGACGCCACAGACGAAAAACAAGAUUUUGGACCCGCUCGCCUCAUUAACCACUCCCGCAGAAAUCCAAAUAUGACCCCCAGAGCAAUCACGAUGGGCGACUUCAACAGCGAGCCUCGGCUGAUUUUCGUCGCACGAAGAAACAUAGAACAAGGCGAAGAGCUGCUGGUGGACUACGGCGAGCGCGAUCCUGACGUUAUCAAGGAACACCCGUGGUUGAACAGCUGA